AUGGUUGACCUAAUGGUGCCGGUGAAUGAUGAUCCUAGUAAUGAGACCGAUUAUCCAAGAUCGAACAACAACUAUAGUCAAACAGUGACUGAUAUGCGUCCGACAACGACCGCGUUUCUUCAUCAAAAGCGACAUAGUUCUUCCUCACACAACGACACACCAGAGUCGUCCUUCGCUAAGAGAAGGGUUCCCGGAGUUGUAGAGCCUGUAGGGAAGGGAUUUAUAGAUGGAGUUACCAAUGGUCAGAUCUCAGCACAGAAUACUCCCUCCAAAGUGGAUGAUGUGUCUAGAAGACCGAGCAUUUCUCGCAAAGUUAUGGAAUCGACCCCACAAGCUAAAACUGCUUCUAUCUCAACAAUGGACGUUCCAAAAUCUCCAUAUUAUGUGAAUAGAACGGCAGUUGCUCGAAAUAUGGAAGUUGUCUCUAAGGAAAGUUAUGAUGAGAAUGCAAAUCCACAGAUGAGAAUUGACGAAUCAUUGGUCGCUUCAAAUGGUAUUUAUAACAACUCGCAACCACAGAGCCAAGUAACGCUACCUGAUAUCAGGAAAGCUCCUGUAGUCGCUUCUUCACCUCCGCCGGUGGUAAGGCAGUUGCCUUCAGCGCAACCAAAUCAGACAUUCAUUAAAAAAUUACAGGAAAUAUACAAAAUCAUAGUGGUGCAGGAAACAGAGUUACAGCAAAGAUGUCUCUAUUUAACUACCUCUCAAACCACAGAGUUAAAAAGUUUGUGGGCAAUAUACAGACUGAACACAGAACUGAUCAAAAAUUACAUCAAUUUCAUCAUCACUGCAUUAUUAACAACACAACCGAUAAACGAUUUAAUUAUGGGCCAAGAAAUUUUAGAUAUUUACGGAAUGGAAAAAAGGUUGUGGGUAUAUGGUAUAAUAACCUUCUUAGAUGUACUGAAAAACUUUUCAAACUUCAUGGACCCAGAAGUAUGUUGCCAGUUUAUCAUAUAUGCUUUCAUAUCUGUCUCAAACAUGCUUGAAGAUAUACCGUUGAAAUAUUCUAUUUUAUGGAGGCAGAGGUUGGGUGAUUUAUCUAGAAUGGCAAUUUCACUGUACCCAUCGGGAUUCAUAGAUUGGAGGUUGAGCGCUGAAUACUGGUAUACUGAAUCAAUGAAAUAUAUAUAUGGGUGCGGCAAACUUUACUAUCAUAUUGCCACAGUUCAACAGAACAGUCUAGAAGCGUUUGUAAAUUUAGGCAAAAGCGUAUUUUGCCAGGAUCCCUUCACUCCAUCUCAGCAAACGUUACAGUUAUUGAUUGAAAAUAUCUAUCAAUCUGCAUUCAUAGAUAGAGGUUCUAGCGGUACCAACAACAAUGAAACUGCCCAUAAAAACUCUCAAUUAAUCGACUACUUAAAGCAUACAGAAGUAAUGUUACUACCUAGCUUCUUGGAAAAUAUGGAUUUACAACAUGUUGUACUUAUGUAUUUCAAAAAUAAGUUCGGUAAAGACUUUAAUGGAAAUGAUGUUUUUGAUACAAAAGACAUGUUUUGCCAAAACCCAGAGUCACUGCGCUAUUAUUUUAGACACGCUCCUGCAUUUGCUGAAUCUCAGCUUUUACAGCUAAUUGGAUUUGGUAAUCCUAAAAACCCAUUUGCAUUAUUGUUUCAAUUACCUAAGUAUUUGAAAUUGAAAAAAGAUAAAAGAGAAAAAAAGAGAUCUAGUGCGACGGAAACGCCUCAGUACAGAGAUCCAUUUCAUGAUAAAAAAAGCCCAGAAAGUUAUUUCCAGAACAUCGAUGCUUUAAGUUCAAAUUUCGAUGAUAUCCCAACCAAUCUUAAUAUUUGGUUGGAAUCUUUGAAUCACAUAAAUAUGACAUCAAUACAAUGCAGUAUACAUGUCUUAACAAAAUUUCUUCAUGCACCAUUCGUAAUUGCCUUGCCACAUUUUUUGACAUGGUUGUACUUUCUAGUUGCUAUUCUAAAAAGGCUAGAAACCAUAAAUUCAAAGCAAGUAAUAGCAUUCUGGAUCCAUUUUUUGAGAAGAACAAUGCCGUGGAAUUCCAUGGUGAGCUUGGCUAACGUUCUAGUAUGUUACAUGCUGGACAACUUACAUCCUUUCUUGAAGAAGGAAUUAGAAAGCUUUUAUUCUUUUGAACUAGAUGAUUUGAUUGAACAUUUCAACGAAAAUGAAAAUUUACCAGAAAUUUGGAAAUGUUGGGGGAGCUUGUGGUUUGAUGCCAUUAAGAAGUGCGAUGUGAUGGAAAUUCCUGGAGUUCAAGAUCAUCUUUUCUUCGAUUCUCCCCUUGAUGGUAUAGUUUUUGAUGAAAAAGAUGAAAUUGGAGAGAGAUUCUGGGUUCGUAGUGUAAGGGCAAUUUCACUUUUGAAAGGUAUUGCCAAAAAGUUUCCUGAUUUAGGAUUGAAAGUAAAUUUCCAGGCCCCUGUGUUUUGUCGCCGAAAUGAUAUUCCCCAGGAUUAUUUUUUGAGGAAGUUCACAUUUAAACUAGAUGCAUACGAUGAAGGUAAUAACAAUGAUAACAACGAGUUAGACGAGUUAUAUGAGACAAUUGAAAUAAAUGAAAAAAUUGAUAAUGUUAAUUUAGACCUUCGAGCCACACCAAACUUAAGCGUUGUUUUUGGUGAGAGUAUUUUCGAAUAUACUGGUUAUACGAGACUGGCACCAGACUAUCAUUGUUUUGAUAAAAACGGCGGAUUCAACAGUGCGUUUAUCUACAGUCAAUGGUCUAAUGUUGGGAACGGUGUACCAAUUGAUGUAAGCAACGAACCGAUAUAUGAUGUUACUGACAACGACUUAAGUCUGCAUUGGGAGAAAAUUUUCUUCGAUAGGAUUGCUGCUGCUUACAAAAAUUGUGAUGAAAAUGACAACUGCACAAUUUAUUUUGUUGUUGACGCCACCUCAUGGUUGAGACAUUUUGCACAUAUUUUCAAACUGGCCAAGAAUAGUAUUCUUGACUUUGCUAUUUGUUUGACUACAUUUCAAGAACUUCGUUAUUUAAGAGGUUCAAAAGACGAUAAUGUGGUCGAAGCAGCAACGAGGUCAGUGAUUACUAUUCGUCAGUUGUACGAUGAAAGGAAGAUUAUUCCUAUGAGAUUCACGGGGAAUAUCGCAACACAUGUUGAAGAAAAUCUAGAGUUUGAAGAGCAAAUUACUUGGAAAACGCACGUAGACGAAUUUGUCAUCGAUGCUAUUGCUAAGCUGAAUCAAAAUUUUCAAACUGAGAGAAUGAUUGCUGAAAACAAAAACAAAAACAAACAAUUUGCAGUUUUGGUGACAGAUGAUGAUAAUAUGAACAAAAAGGCUAAGGAUAAAAUGAUAAAAACGUGCAAUACAAAGUAUUUAUUUUCAUUGGGUAGCAAGCUUGGUAUCAAUUCUGGAUUAUGUACCAACUAA